UCUUUCACUUCUCAACUAAAACACACACCCCAAGAAACUCCAGAACCCAUUUUUAACUAUGUCAAACUGCACUGUCGAGACCUCCACAGUUGAGACCAGCGAUGGAGCAAAGCUCAACACAAGGCUCUUCAGACCCAGAGAAUCCAAGAACGAGGGCAAUGAUCCUGUGGUGGUUCUGGUCCAUCCCUACUCUGUCCUCGGUGGUUGUCAGGGCCUUUUGAGAGGCAUAGCUGCUGGGUUGGCUGAGAAAGGCUUCGAAGCUGUCACCUUUGACAUGAGAGGAGUGGGCAGGUCAACUGGGAAGGCUUCUCUUACUGGGUUUGCUGAGAUCAAGGAUGUGAUUGCUGUCUGCAAAUGGGUCUCUGAGAAUUUAGCUACUAAUAGGAUUUUGCUUGUGGGUUCUUCUGCAGGUGCCCCUAUUGCAGGCUCUGCAGUUGAUCAGAUUGAACAAGUUGUGGGAUAUGUGAGUUUGGGGUACCCUUUCGGCAUGACUGCCUCAAUCCUUUUUGGGAGACACCACAAGGCCAUCCUACAGUCCCCAAAACCAAAACUUUUUGUAAUGGGGACUCAAGAUGGGUUUACAAGUGUGAAGCAACUGAAGAACAAGCUAAGGUCUGCGGCCGGCCGUGUUGAAACACACCUUAUUGAAGGAGUUAGCCACUUCCAAAUGGAAGGCCCAGCUUAUGAUACACAGAUGGUGAAUCUUAUCUGCGAAUUUAUUGCAUCAUUGUAGAUAAAAAAAAACCCAUUUUGAAAGAGGUCCCAUGCUGUGUUAAAAUUCAUCAGUCUCCUCUCAGCCUUGAGCUGCUGAAUGUUGUUGUGCAUAUGCUAAUUUCAUAUUGCCUGUAAUCUGCAGGAGCUUGGCUGCCCUGCAUGCUCUGUGCCACUAGUGUAAACUUAAGUUUUGUACUUUGUCAUAGGUCAUGAUCAAUAAUAGACAAAACAAUGGAUAUUAGAUA